CGACCCUGUUUUGAGCUUGUUUGAAAAAGAAAAUAUAAAUAUAAAAAGAAUUCCUUCGUUGGUGUGUUCUUCCUCUCUUUUCUCUCACUCACCUCCAGAUCUAAAUACCUCCGCUUCGAUUUCUCUCCUUCAAACUCCUCCCACUCAGCUGCACUGCUCUCGAGUUUGAAGUUGGGGGUGGGAGGUAACUAUCAGAUUUCAGUUCUGUCCGGUGGUUCUAUACAAUAGGGAUUCAGGGGUCUCGUGGAGAUUUGGAUUCCAUCGAGGAGGCCAAAGGUUACUUAUUCCUAUUACAUGGAAACCUCCGGACCCGUUUGGAAAUGGAGGAUCAAAAAUGUUCCGCCUCUGCUUAGCCUCAAACUUCUUGAAAGCGACAAAGAGAAGUUGCAGAACACAGUUGAGCAGGAUGAUUACUAUCCCGGUGACGAAUUUACUUUUAAACUUGGUCAAACUUACAUCGAGUAUGUAGUCGACGACGGAUUUGAGGAUGAGGAAAAAAAUGAGGACAAAAGAAUAUUAAUGCAAUUUGCAUCGGACCCGCAGUCCUCCGGCACUUUUACAUUGUGGUUGAAGCAACCACCAACAGAGUCAUUGAUGGCUUUAUUUGUGAUCGAAUUGCUUCACGAAGAUGGUAACAAGAAUAUCUGCCUUGAUAAUAUACUGCAUCUCACAUACGACAAACCGACGAUGGUGUUUGAGGAUGUCUUGGAUCUAGAUUAUCUAGAGAAGGAGAGGUUCAUUCAUACUCGUGGGUCUAGCCGAUAUCUCUCUUUAUGUGUUCAUAUCCAUUAUUUGAGGGUACCAGAAGAUCCUAGGAUUCCAGACAUUUGCAUGUCGAAGAUUGCUAGGUCAUACAUGCUAGCUGCACAUGGCGUAGAUGCUUUAAGUGCAAUGAAGGUUGCUUGCACUAAAUUGUUCCAACAAUUGUCACGUCCUGUGGAUAGCUGGAAUCCCUUACGUAAAGAAAUCAAGAGCCAUUUGGAAAAUACUUUCUUGAAUUCAUUUCCUAUUUCGGAAAUUUCGGAAAUUAUAGAAGGAUAUUUUCUGCCUGGAAUUUGCUAUCCAUUACUCAUGGAGCUACUGCUUGUAGGAAUCAAAAAUGUAGAUGUGUCUGCAAAGGCUUACGGUAUGGUGCAAUUGAUUUCCCAUCCACGGAAACCCGUCUCAGCUGGGCAGCAACCUGACAGUGACAGACUUUGUCUAAAGGGGAAUUUUGGCCAUGUCAUGAAGAAGAAGGUACCAACAUAUGCUAGUUGGGUCAAUGCUAAUGUUGCAGUUACAACUUGCGAUGAACUUGUAGAUGCAUGUGAAUUAGCUGGAUGGUGCACCGUCCAGUUGAUUGCGGCAUUUUGUUGUCUCAGGAAGGUGACUAUGAGUGAGUUAGAGGGGAUCACAUCAGCUUCUACUCAGUCAAUUUCUGCUAAGUCAAUGUCUGCCAAGUCGGCUCCAAAAAAGAAGAAGAGAGGCAGCAGAAGUGCAUCGGAAGAAUCAACAGUUAAAAAAGUGCUUCCACAAUCUCACACGCCAAUGCCAAUGUAUGUUACAGCUAGCACUAGCAGCACAACUACACACCCGGUAGUGCUCAGACAAAAAGACAUAAAGUUGCAGAAUAAGGACGGGGAAGGUAUGGUGCAGUGGAUUGGAUUUGCCCCUGCUGAAAUGAACUUCCAAGGCAGAGUGGACUGCGAUGGAUCACACUUUAACAAGGAGGCUGGGUAUAGCUGUGUAAUCAGACACGUUGAUACCGACGAUGAUGAGAAGAUUAAAGUUUUAGUUGCUGUUUCGGGUGCCUCUGAACCUGGUAGUUCACUGUUACAUGAAUUGCAAGGAUUAGAGUGUGGUUGGAAACAAUCUAUUAAACACAGACUUAAACGUGUCAAAGUAACAUGUGACUGUACAACAACAAUUUACCAAAUUCGAAAGGGAAAAGCGGUGAAAAGAAAAAUAGGGAAGGACAGUAAACUAUCAAGUCAAAUGAAGAAAUUGAUUAACAACAUUAUUAAGCUGGAUUCAGAAAUGGAUUAUUCAGAGAUAGUGCACAUGUACAGAGGUGCCAAUGAGGUGGCCAACGGAUUGGCACGUCUCUGUCAUAGGCCAGAGAAGGAAUACACUCAUGAAGAUUUUUACACGGAUGAGCAGCUGAGAGAUAUCAAGGAUUAUCUUGUGACUGAUGCAAAUGGAACGCGAUAUCCUUCAGCAGGACGGAGAUGUCGGUAAGAUGCUCAUACUUAAACAGAACCAGCCAACACUGCAAGUAUGAGUCAGAUUGACAGAUACCUCGUGGUUGUCAACAAUAGUAGUCUGUAAAAAGUAAUCACUAACUCUCUUUUUUUGUGAAGCCCUUUUCUGGGAUUCCAGCUUAUAGACCUUGGUUUCUGAUUGGGGAUGAUUUCCUCAGUGGUCUCCAGAUUGGGAAUGAUUUCCACAGUGGUCUACAGAAUGCUGCAUUGAGACUCGAUUUCAAAGCACAUUUCUUUUUAACUAUGAUAUAAGUACUUGUUAGAAUCCUUUUGAAAAGUUAAACGGGUGAUAUAAUCUCUUUAUUUUGUCUUUCUUAA